CAUAACAUGGAAAGAGGAGGAAGAGGAGGACGUGGUGGCGGUUUCCGCGGUGGACGCGGUGGUGGCGGCGACAGAGGAGGUCGUGGCGGCAGCUUUGGCGGUGGUGGCCGUGGCGGCGGCGGCGACAGAGGAGGUCGUGGCGGCUUUGGCGGCGGCCGUGGUCGUGGAGGUGGCGACAGAGGACGUGGAGGCGGCGGUCGUGGCCGCGCAGGUUUGGGCGCUGCUGGACGUGGUGGUCGCGGAGGCGGUCGCGGAGGAGCCAAGGUCAUGAUCGAGGCCCAUCCCAGAUACGAGGGAGUCUUCUUGGUCAAGGGCAAGGAGGAGGCAUUCGCCACCCUCAACUCCACCCCAGGCGAGUCUGUCUAUGGAGAGAAGCGUGUCAGCGUCGAAAGCACUACCGGCGGCACCGAUAAGAAAGAAUAUAGAAUGUGGAACCCCUUCCGUUCAAAGAUUGCCGCUGCUCUGCACAAGGGAGUCAACAAGAUCUGGAUCCGUCCAGGCGCCAAGGUCAUCUACUUGGGUGCUGCCUCAGGCACCACCGUGUCGCACGUCUCUGACAUUGUCGGUCCAGAGGGUGUUGUAUAUGGUAUCGAGCUGUCAGCCCGUUCCGGUCGUGACCUGAUCGGCAUGGCCAAGAAGCGCACCAACGUCAUCCCAAUCAUCGAGGACGCCCGUCACCCACAGAAAUACAGAAUGCUGAUUGGCAUGUGCGACGUGCUGUUCGCCGAUGUCGCCCAGCCCAACCAGGCACAGAUCGUGGCUCAGAACGCCGCGUACUUCCUCAAGAAUGAGGGACACUUUAUCAUCUCUAUCAAGGCCAACUGUAUCGAUUCGACUGCUUCCACCGAGGCCGUCGUCACCAAGGAGAUUGAGAAAUUGAAAGCAGACAACCUUAAGCCCCUGGAACUCCUGAAGAACCUCGACCCAUAUGAAAGACAUCACGCUUUGGUCAUUGGUCACUACAGACCACUACCAAAGGAUAAGAAAUAA